UAAUUUAUUUUAAUACAAAUUAUAUUAAGGAAUAAAAAGUUAAUAAAAAAGAGUUAAAACUUGUAUGACAUCUUAAGCAUGACGGAACACUACAAGGGAUGGAAUCAAAGAUUAUUAGAGUUUAAUGGUCAGAAAGCUGACAAAGUGUUAUGGAAAGAUGCAAAUUUGUGUAAAUGGGAACCUUUUUACAAAGAUUUAUCUAAUUUAUUAAAUUCUCUUCGUAAACAGUCACUUGAAAUUCAAUCAGCUAUUAUUUCUAGAGUUUUAUAUAAACACCAAAAUCAAAUGCGACGAGAUAUUCCUUUUCAAUACUUUAAAAAAGUUUCUAUUCUACUGCUAAGAUUGAUUAAAGAAAAUUUAUUAUUUAAAAUGACAGAAUACCUUCAGAUACUUUCUCCAAUGUAUAGUAAAAAGGAAAAAUCAUUUGAUAAAGAGGUAUUAAUUCCUUCAAAAGAAUAUACAGCAUACAUAUUUGAGAGGAUAUUGGGAUGCUCCAAGCUAAGUGUUCAGAUACUUAUUUGCUGUCAAAAAGCUUUUCUGUUGUUAGAUUCUCAUAUAAGACAUGGUUUUUUUGUGUCUUUUAAUCUUUUUGGCAUUGCUUCUGUAAGUAGAAUAUGGACUAUUUGUCUUGAUUAUAUCAAUAAUUUAAAGUUGGUUUUUAACACAUUAAAAGGAAUACUCAGAGAGUUGUUUAAUUUCAAAGUGCAUUAUACAACUUUAGAUCAAUGGUUAAAUGUAGAUUUUAUUGGUGUUGCUCUGCCUACUCGUUCCAAAGAAAAAAAUCUAGAUGCAAAUAUAUUGAAUAAACUAUUUGGAUCUUCUAAGUCUUUUGCGAAAGAUAAUUUAGAUGAGCAAAUUAUUCAAGAAAUCAAGGGCGAUGAAAUUCUUGGAGAGCCUAUUUCUUGGGAAACAUUUGUUAAAGAAAAAUAUGGAACAGUUUUGGAUGAAAAAUCUGAAAGUGGCGUUACUUUAGAAACAACCUUUUAUUCCACCAACAGAACAUUGGGUGGAGACGAACAGCCAUUGAGGAAUGUCAACUGUAUAAAAUCUGUGCGAUCUUUAAAGAUUAAAUGUCCGGUGUGCAAAAAAAUAGUUAGGAGAUUAAGACCUUCCCUUUGUCCACCGUUUCAUGUUAGUUUACAUAAAUCGUUUUCUCUAUUCAAUAAUACAAAAUCUUUAAAAGGGAGCUUAAGACUUAAAUCAAAUAAAAUCUGCGAAGCUCUGAUUGCUGUCAAACACGCAUUGCUUCACGCAGAAGAUUUAAAUCGUGUAAAACUUUUAUUUAUGAGGUAUAGACAAUUGCGGAAAAAAAAAAUACAAAUGUAGGAAAUUAAAA